UAGCCCACGACUGGUGUCCUGUACAAAGAGGAUAACUACAUUAUAAUGACCACUGUGGAUAAAGAAAAAUACAAGUGUAUUCUUCCACUGAUAGCAAGCGGCAGCGAGGAAGAAGAAAAGGACUACAAAGGUCCUACUCCAGGAGAACUGCUGGAACCUCUUUUUAAGCAAAGCAGCUGUUCCUACAGAAUUGAAUCUUACUGGACUUAUGAGGUCUGCCACGGGAAACACAUCCGUCAGUACCAUGAGGAGAAGGAAACAGGACAGAAAAUAAACAUCCAAGAAUACUAUCUGGGGAAUAUGAUGAUGAAGACCCCAUUAUCAGAGCCAGAUCCAGAAGAGAAGGAAAGUCCAAAAGAAAGUGCAAAAGAGAUCCCUACAAAAAAUAUAGAAGGGCAGAUGACCCCCUACUACCCCGUGGAGCUGGGGAACGGCACGCCCUGCAGCCUGAGGCAGAACCUGCCCAGGUCCAGCACAGUGAUGUACAUCUGCCACCCAGAAGCCAAGCACGAGAUCCUGUCGGUAGCAGAAGUCACCACCUGUGAAUAUGAGGUGGUUAUAUUGACACCUCUCUUGUGCAGCCACCCUAAAUACAGGUUCAGGGCUUCCCCUGUGAACGACAUCUUCUGCCAGUCUCUGCCAGGAUCCCCACUUAAACCCCAUAACCUGGAACAGCUGGAGAAACAGCAGGAGAUGAUGAAGGUGCCUUUCAGGAGGGUUAAGGAGGAAGAAAUCCAUCCCUCAUCCAAGGAGGAGAAGUUCUCUGCCAUUCACAAGCCCGUUGCUGUCGGAAGCCACCAACUCUUGACUGUGGGAACGACCCACAUCUCCAAACUGACAGAUGAGCAGCUCAUAAAGGAGUUCCUUAGUGGCUCCUACUGCUUCCACGGGGGCGUGGGUUGGUGGAAGUACGAAUUCUGCUACGGCAAAUACGUCCAUCAGUAUCACGAGGACAAGGAGAGCGGCAGGACGUCGGUGGUGGUGGGCACGUGGAGCAGGGAGGAGCACCUGGAGUGGGCGCGCAGGAACGCCGCCCGCACCUACCACCUGCGGGAGGACGGCACCCGCACCGUCAGGAUGGUGUCUCACUUCUACGGCAACGGAGACGUUUGCGACCUCACGGACAAGCCCAGGCAGGUCACGGUGAAGUUGAAAUGUAAAGAAUCCGAUUCCCCUCACGCUGUGACCAUUUACAUGUUAGAGCCUCACUCUUGCCAGUACAUCCUUGGGGUGGAGUCUCCAGUCAUCUGUAAGAUCCUGGACACGGCAGAUGAACACGGGCUCCUUUCAGUGCCCAGCUGA